AUGGGCUGGGGCCUGGGACCCUGCGCCGCAGCGGGGGCGAUGACGGGGGCGCAGGUGGAGGCGGCGCUCAACCGCAAGAACGUCGAGGUGCUCCAGGGCGAGGAGGAGCACGCCGCCACGGUGCUGCCGGACGAGACCAUCGGCGGAGCGCUUGACGGCGGCGAGGACGCGUCGUGGGUGCCCGACCAGGACACUGGUGUCUUCGUCCCCGCCGGCGCCGAUUCUCACGGCGGCGGCUCGGCUGCCGCUCCACCGCACCUAUUCGGAGGUGCCACGGAGGGGUUAGCGGCGUCUUCGACGGCGUCGGUGCUGGACCAGGCGGUGUUCGUCCGGGAGGAGGAGAUGGAGGACGUGGAGAGUCCCGCCGCCGUCGAUGUGGCCAACGUCAACGUAGACGUCAACGGCAGCAUCAAGAACUACUAG